GCAACGGGCUCUUCCUGCUGGUAGAGGCGGAGUUCAAGAUGGCGGCGGGCGGGCUGUGCCUGUGCGGGCUGCUCAGGUUGCUGUGCUCGCUGCUGAUCCCUGCGUUGAUUCUGAGCGGAGUGCUGUGCGCCUGCCUGGCCGUCCUGCUGUGGGCAAUUCGGCUGUGGAUACAAGGAAGGAGAAAGCAGCAGAGCCCAGCAGGAAGGGAUGGGAGGCGGCCGCUGCUGGUCGCGUUUUUCCAUCCCUAUUGCAAUGCAGGUGGUGGAGGGGAGAGAGUCUUGUGGUGUGCCAUAAGGACGCUCCAGAAGAAGUAUAAAAAUAUAACGUGUGUUGUUUACACUGGAGAUAGAGAUGCCACUGAAGAAGACAUAGUAGAAGGUGCUUUCAGAAGAUUCAACAUUAAGUUAAUUCAUCCUGUGAAGUUUGUAUUUCUGGAAAAGCGCUAUCUUGUGGAAGCUUCUCUUUAUCCCCACUUCACUUUGCUGGGACAAAGUUUAGGCUCUGUGUUUCUUGGUUGGGAAGCUCUUCUAAAGUGUGUUCCAGAUAUUUACAUUGACUCGAUGGGUUAUGCUUUCACACUCCCCCUCUUUAAAUAUUUAGGAGGUUGUCGUGUUGGAUGCUACGUCCAUUAUCCCACCAUCAGCACCGACAUGCUUUCUGUAGUUCGAAAUCAGGAUACCAGGUUUAACAAUGCAGCCUUCAUUACGAACAGCUCUCUCUUCAGCAAAUUUAAACUUGUCUACUACUACUUGUUCGCCUUCAUGUACGGAUUGGUGGGUUCCUGCAGUGAUGUGGUUAUGGUCAAUUCUUCCUGGACACUAAAUCACAUCCUUUCUCUCUGGAGAGCUGGGUCUUGCACUAGCGUUGUGUAUCCACCAUGUGAUGUUCAGACCUUCUUGGAUAUCCCGCUGGAAGAGGAAAAAAAGAAUACUGAGUAUUCUAUUGUUUCCAUCAGCCAAUUCAGGCCUGAAAAAGAUCAUCCUUUGCAAAUCCGAGCCUUUGCUAAAUUGCUGAAAGAGAAGAGACUGAGGCAGCAGCUCUCAUUGAAGCUUAUCUUAAUUGGAGGCUGUCGGAACCAGCAAGAUGAAGACCGCGUGAAUAACCUUAAAUGUCUUUGUGAAGAGCUUGGAAUUAGUAACAAUGUGAUGUUCAGAAUAAACAUUCCCUUUGAGGAGUUAAAGAAACACCUGGCCGAGGCCACCAUUGGCCUGCAUACGAUGUGGAAUGAGCACUUUGGCAUUGGAGUGGUUGAAUGUAUGGCAGCUGGCACUGUUAUCCUGGCUCACAAUUCAGGAGGCCCUAAACUGGAUAUUGUGGUACCCUAUGAAGGACGUAUUACAGGCUUCCUAGCAGAGAAUGAGGACAGUUAUGUGGAGACGAUGGCUUACAUCUUUUCUAUGUCUCCUGAGAAAAGGUUAGAGAUCAGAGAAAGUGCUCGCCAGUCUGUGUGCAGGUUUUCUGACCAGCAUUUUGAAGAGACAUUCCUCUUAUCCGUGGAGCCCUUAUUUAAAUAAAUGUAAUGUGAAUAAAACUUUGAGUUUGACCCCACGUCACCUGUAAAUACAUGUAAUUUAUGGUCCCUUGCUCCCAUUCAAUAAAGAGAUCUUUCUUUUUUCCGUCAGAA